AGUUGCUUGUAGCUCUGGGUACACAAAACUACAGCAUAAACCAUCAUUAGACAGGACAAGCCAAUUGCUUUGCUCGACAAGUGUAGAAGCAACGAUGAAGAGUAGCACGCUCGUGGCGAUCCUGAUUCUCCAGGCCGUCCUGGUCAUGGGAAUCCUCUCACAGGCGAACGCCGAGUUCCCAAAAUGCUGCGACAACUGCAGGUUCUUCUCGGGGGCCGUGGUCUGCGACGACGCCGGCCCCAAGUGCCGCGACGGCUGCGUGAACUGCCGCGUCGUGGAGACGAGCCCCAAGAUGACGUUCCGGUGCGCCGAUGCGCGCGGCGACGACGGCACGCCCUGCCCGCCCUGCAAGAAGUACUGAUCGCGCAUGCUCGGAACAUAAGAUGUUGCGCCGAAAAAACUCGGAUGGGUUGAGCAGAGCCGUUGUGGUUGUACGUGCACGUGGUCCACGCCCAACAACAAUUGUUGUUGUUGUCCUCGUCGUUAUCUUUUCUUCUUCUUCAGAAAAAACCUGUUUUUUUUUGCGAAUAGAAAAACCUGUUGUUGCUCCGUGAAUAAGCACUUGUAUCAAUUUAUGCCUCUCUGCUCAAUCAAAUAAAAUAUUUGUUUAUUUGUGUCAA